AGAGAAAUAACUUUUCCACUACUUCAUAGAUGUCGCUAGUUAUAACAUUUCGAGAUAUUUGAAAAUAUCGAUUUAAAACAAUUUCUGCCACCAUCAAUCAGGAAAAUCUUGACUCAGCCCCCCCAUGGUGCUACUUUAUAUUGGGCGGGGAGUUUGUUUCUAUCGCAAAACGAGCGUGAAGGGCUCUAAACGCAAAGGGUAUAGUUUAGAAACUAGAUCUUGCGUGCUAAUCGAGCGUGGUGUUCGUUGUAGCACCGCUGCGUGAUAAACAUGACCAGAAAUUGGGUUGCGUGCUGUAUUCUGCUCAAUAAUCACAACUUUAAAUUGUAAAACCGUUUCAAUUUCAAACCGAGUAUUUCCAAUGAAUUACAAAUUACAGAGAUUAAUUAUUCUUGUUAUUUUAUACUAAAGGUAAUAAAUCAGAGUACGUAAUCUUGGAAAAUGGUUUAAAGUUUAAAGCGAUGUCUAACCCCGGAAAUAUUUACAACCUAACCAAGUAAGUUAUGGAUACGCUCAAAUUUUAGUCGAAACAAAGUUAUUCGAUGGAAAGUUUUAGGAUAGAGAGGAGAAUGUGUCUCACCUUUAGUAAGUCGAGCAAAUCGCUUAAGCAUUCCACCAGAUGUCGUUCGUAAUUGAAAUUCGGAAUACGUUAAAACGGACAAUGGACCUAAUGGCUUCUCGUCCGCAUAAUGCGGAUGGAAAACCGCGAGUAAUCUAUAAUUCAAGUCGUGCUAAAGGAUUCUAGUACCUUUCGAAAACACGACUCAAUUAUUUCGCAUCUCGUAGAAAUGACUUUGGAAUUUAUUUUAUUAUAAUUAAUUUGAUAUCAUCCCCUAGCUAGGCAUAAAAACGUGCGCGUAGCAGCAUACAGUGGACGUUGCGACGCUCUUCCAGUAGCGUCGCGGCGCCCAAACGAAUAAGACGCUUCAAAAUCGAACUCGGGGUUGUGCAAAAAGAAGAGUACGCAAGAAAUCAUUUUUUGUUUAAAAAAAAAACAACGAUAAAUAAACACAUCAAAUCGUUUCGAUUCGAUUUUGAUGCUAUUUUCUUAAGAAAAAGAGGAUGUGCUGAAAAAUAACGAAAAAGAAAAUGCUUCAUCGAAGUACAUCUUCCAGAAGACGUCGUGCUUCAAGAAGUACAGCUUCUUCUCCGAGUCAAAUCAGAACGCCAAGAUCAGCCGCAACGAGUCCUGGUAGAAGGGCGAGUAUUGCAGUUUCCCCGGUGGAUGGUACUCGAGGGUUUCUUCAACCUGAUUUAAAUCGUAGCCCUCGACACAGUAUAAUACCAGACAUUUCCUUAGAAGAUCGCGAAUCUCCUUCGGAUGAAAACAAUUUUUUAGCACCCGAUAUCGCAUUAAGUCCAAGAAAUAGUUUGGUGCCGGAUUCAAAUCGCAGUCCGAGACAUAGUUUGGUUCCUAACGAUUACUCAAGAUCGCCCAGAAAUAGUUUAGUUCCGGAUUCGGCUUUGAGCCCGAGAAAUAGUUUGGUACCAAACGACAAUUACAAUAGGAGUCCUAGAAAUAGUUUGGUUCCGAGUGAUUUAAAAUCACCCCGGAAUUCUUUGGUUCCCGAUUCAAAUCGAAGCCCAAGACAUUCUUUGGUACCGGACAACAACGUUUACGGUUCUAGAAUAAGUCUUUCCCCCGAUUUUAAUCGCUCCCCGCGAAAUUCUUUAGUACCCGAUACUAAUCGAAGUCCAAGACAAAGUUUAACACCGUCAGAUUCGUGUAUUUGGAACCAAAAUGGGUUGAGUUCUCAAGAAGAAAUAAGCAGGGGAGAUUUACGAAGUCCCAGACUUAGUAUGGCACCGAUUAAUGAUGUGAGUAGAUCACCACGGGGAAGUGUAGCGCCGGAAUCUUUGAAUAUUCGAACGAGCCCAAGGGGGAGUAUAGGAAGUGAGUAUCAUUCCGAAAGAAGUCCAAGAGGGAGUAUAGGACCUGAAGGUAACAACCAUAAUCGGAGUCCUAGAGGAAGUUUGGCUAGAAAUAAUUUAGUUGCUGAAGAAAUUGGGAAGAGUCCAAGAGGAAGUUUAACUUUAACGUUUCAAGAACCACCGGUUAGUGAAAGAAGAUCAAGUGCUGAUAAUCCUUCAGGUUCUCGCAUGGUCGGUGGAGGGAGAAGCACCUCGCCGUACAGAAGCUCCUCUCGAGGAGCAAUAAACAUGGGAUAUACGAGUAACCAGGGAUUGUCGGAGGGGGGUAGUAGAAGAGCAAGCAGUUCGGUUAGCCAGGUUUCCGGAGACGAACAAAAGAGGUUAUGCGCCGAACAAAAAUACGAUGGAGAGCAAGGAUUGGGAUUGGGGAUUUCAUUGACGACUUAUGGAUCGGUUGCUUAUCAACUUAAAGAUGCUAAUUUAGAAGCUAAUGGUACCUGCGAUUUUGUUAUUAAAGCUAUGAAUAUAGUCAACAAAACCAUUGUGGUUACCAUCGUUUUAAUUUGUUUAUCAACUCUUCCUCUUCUCAUGUUGAUUAUGGGUAUUCAAUUUCUUAGAGAUUGUCCUAGAGGUCCGCAAAUUCCUGUGUAUAUGGUCGUGGGUGGAAGUGUGGGUUGUGUGAAAAUGGCUUGGAUGCUUUGGGAUCAAUUGAGGGUAAGAAGAAUAGAUUCCGCGAAUGGUGGCGGUACAUCAAUAGGGGCGAGGGUUGCAAGUUUCGCGUUAACUCUCUUUCUUAUCGUUUGGUUUUCGCUGGGAAACUAUUGGAUAUUAUCGAUUAAAUGGCCCGAUUACGCGCCGACAUUAUUCGAACCGAACAGAUGGUGCGAUCGAACUUUGUACGUCUUCGCAUUGGUCCAUUUAUUCAUUGUUUACGCAGCGUUUGCAUGCACUUUUGUUUUAGUUAUUUUUUUAGCAUCUUGCCAAUUAUUUGGGUGCCCAUGGUUAGGACCAACGCGAUUUAAAUAGCCGGAAGUUAAUUAUUUCGAAAUGUGGGAUGUUCCCAAAACUUAUCAUUAAGACGUUUCGUUUCAAUUCAAAUUUGGGGUGAUGCUCAAUUUAUUUAUUUCCAUAUCA